GGAGGUUCUUUCUGGCAGCACAACCCAGGAUCCCAUAGCCCACUAACCAGUUUUGUGAACUUCCUUCCAACCCUCCUUGGGUAGUUGGUACAUUCCCACUGUAACUUCAAGAGCAUAAAUAGAGGCAGCAGCAAGCUGCGGGAAAAUUUGUUUGUUAGGCAGGGGAAGGUGAAUCUGUUUGUUUGUCCAAGCACAAGCAGUUUUGCUGCUUGCAGCCGGUCGUGGGAAAGGUGUAUCAUGGAGCAGCUGGUGCAAACAGAAGUGUGGAAAGCGCAGACUUUACAGGAACUGAUCCAGAUCCUGCAUCGCUUAUUUUCUGGUGAUAAAGUCAGUGUAGAAGAAGUGCAAGCCUUAAUGGAAUCCUAUGAGAGCAACGCUGUGGAGUGGAUGAAAUAUGCCCAAUUUGACCAAUACAGGUACACAAGAAAUCUUGUGGAUAAAGGAAAUGGAAAGUUCAACUUGAUGAUCUUAUGCUGGGGUGAAGGACAUGGCAGCAGUAUUCAUGAUCACACUGACUCACAUUGCUUUAUGAAGAUCCUUCAGGGGAAUCUAAAAGAGACCCUGUUUGAGUGGCCUGGGAAAAAAGGGACUGGCGCGAUGACUAAGAAAUCAGAACGAGUUUUGGAGGAAAAUCAGUGUGCCUAUAUCAACGACUCCAUUGGCCUGCACCGUGUGGAGAACACAAGCCACACAGAGACUGCUGUUAGUCUGCACUUGUACAGCCCGCCCUUUGACAGCUGUAACACCUUUGAUCAAAGAACUGGACACAAGCAUAAAGUCAAAAUGACAUUCUAUAGUCAGUUUGGAGAAAGGACUCCAGGUGCAACAGCGGUGUCACAAGAGAACAACUGAGAAGCACCCAAAUGAAUGUGUUAAGGCCUGCUGAAUGUUUGACCAGGGAUAGAAGAAUUGUAUAGCUGAUGCUAGCUAUAGCUGAAUAACCAAUACAUAGAAAUACAGUAGGGAGGCUUCCUGGCAAUAUAUAGUUAUGUUGAAUGAAUACUGAUUAUGGGACUCUAAGGUGACUAGUGCUAUAAGCUGCUGCAGGGGUUAGAUACCUUUACAUAGGCUGUUGUAAAGUCAGAAUCAAGUACCGUGUUUUUCUGAUUCUAGCCUCUUUUAAAUUCCACUUUUGAAUCUGGAAUAUCAAUAGUAGGCUUUUAAAACACUCUUUGACACUAUUUAUAGGUUUUUUUAUAUGGUAUAUGUGCUCAGUGUAUUUAGUAAUGUAAACUUUGUAGCCUCAAGUCACCAUUUGUAAUGUAUUGGAUACUAGUAACAGCAGUUGUUGUUGUUGUUUUUUAAUUAAGGCUUUUAUGUUUUAAUGCUCUGGAACAUUUUGGUAAUUGUGCAUUUUUUAUUUUAUUUUAUAAAAAUCUUAUUUGUCAGAUCUGUUUUUAAACAGGAGCAAUAAUGCACUUCAUGUACAAUGAUGUUUGAAAAGUUAACUGAGUUGGGGAAAGGUCUAGGUUUUUAACCAGACUAAUUAUGUUUAAUAUGGCUAAUAUCCAGUUUCCAGAGUUCUGUUGUGUAGCUACUGAAUGCCUUUAGGGUAACCUAAAUAAAACUGGAUUUGAGCACAAAUUUCAAAAGUUUACAGCCUCUUUCCCGGUAAAUAAAAUAUGUAAUGCUCAUUACUGUGAUUUAAUUCCAUCCUCAGUAGAUCUCAUUAAUAUCUCUUAAAUCUUA